GGAAUUUGCGUUCAUUCCUUUCCAAUGACCAGACUUUCUUAAACUAUCUUCACUUUUCUUCUUUUCUUUUCUUUUCAUGUUUGUGUUGAGUGUUGUGUUUUGCACUGCUUUCUCAUCACAUUCAUCUCUUUCAAUUUUGGAGUCAGACGUAUAAUACACACCAUCUCAUUCUCUUCAACCUUCAAACCUCCGCGUUUUCUAGUGUCUGCCUAGUUGCACCAUUCGUUGAAAAGUCAACCUCCCAGAAAUCCCUUAUCCUCACCCCCACCACUUUCUUCCUUUCCUUCCUUUAAUACAUUUUCCACCCUUGUAUUUUCUCUACCAAAGUUUCAAUCUUUUUCGUCUUUGCACAGCCAAGGAUGGAUUUUUCCCCAUUGGGAUGCUCUGAAUAUAUUGCAAGUUCAGAUCUGUUGACAUUUUUCUUGUGGAGCAAAUGACUGAAGGAUUCUGUUCAUGUCUAUUGACUAUAGUUAUGCAUUAUAGCUGUAAUUUUCAAGGACUGUAGUGGUGUCAAUGAAUUUUAAAUUUUAAUUUAAUCUGUAAGGGUUGGUUUCUGGGAGUUUCGGGAUUGGAAUUGGACAAGAUUUUGAAAAUGAUUGUGAGGAAAAGCGUCGGACGGGUGAAGUCACUGCUUUUUCUGCUUACGGUGCUUCUGUUUUUCUUUGCCACUUAUAAUUUGGUAGCUAUGAUCAUGGAGCAUAAGGCAGAUGGGUUGGAACAAUCAAAUAGAAAAUUGAUGAGGUCCAAUGCAAAGUUUCAUGUUGCCGUUACUGCAACCGAUUCUGCUUACAAUCAAUGGCAAUGCCGAAUUAUGUACUAUUGGUAUGAAAAAGUGAAGGAAAUGCGUGGAUCAGAAAUGGGGAAGUUCACCCGCAUACUACAUUCUGGUAGGCCAGACCAGUUAAUGGAUGAGAUUCCUACUUUUGUAGUUGAUCCACUUCCUGAGGGCUUGGACAGGGGUUAUAUUGUCCUAAAUAGACCAUGGGCUUUCGUUCAGUGGCUGGAGAAAGCAGAUAUUCAGGAAGAAUAUAUUCUGAUGGCAGAGCCUGACCACAUAUUUGUAAAUCCUUUGCCUAAUUUGGCUUACGGAUCCCAGCCUGCCGCUUAUCCGUUUUUCUAUAUAAAACCAGAGGAAAAUGAAAAAGUACUUAGGAAAUUUUAUCCUGAGGAAAAGGGUCCUGUCACUAAUAUUGAUCCAAUUGGCAAUUCUCCUGUAAUCAUUAAGAAGUCUUUGAUGGAGGAAAUAGCCCCCACUUGGGUAAAUGUUUCAUUGAGAAUGAAAGAUGAUGCAGAGACUGAUAAAGCUUUUGGAUGGGUGCUUGAAAUGUAUGCUUAUGCAGUCGCAUCUGCGUUGCAUGGUGUGAAGCACAAUCUGCGAAAAGACUUUAUGCUGCAGCCACCUUGGGACUUACGCGUUGAGGAUAGAUUCAUCAUCCAUUAUACAUAUGGAUGUGACUAUAAUUUGAAGGGGGAGCUGACAUAUGGGAAGAUUGGUGAAUGGCGUUUUGACAAGAGAUCUUAUCUUAUGGGUCCUCCACCAAGAAACCUCCCCUUACCACCUCAAGGAGUUCCUGAAAGUGUGGUGCGGCUUGUAAAAAUGGUGAAUGAAGCUACUGCAAACUUACCUGAAUGGGAUUCAUUAAACAAAAGUUGAUGGAAAGAUGAAAGACCUUAUUGUAAUGCAGAUGAGGACUAGAAAUACUUGUCAAAAUAGAUUAGUUUAAGCAAAUAGGAAUGGUGAUGAAUACAAAUGAUGUUUUGUGUUUUCUCUGAAAAUAUAGUUUUUUUUUUUUUUUCCAAACAGCUUGAUUCUUUUGCAUUCAAACGUAUACGAGACUUUUGCAAUCUAUUGCACUGUUGUAAUUUUGCCAACUGAAUGAUGUUACAGUGCAACCAAUGGAGGAAUUACAUUUUAUCUCUUCUGUU